GGGGUUCAAGUUAUUACCAUGAUUGGUUCCAUUUGAGAGCGAAGUAAAUUCAACAGAGUUUCAAAAUUAUUGAGUCAAUAUUGGAGGUUUUACCAGUUGGGGUUUUAUGAUUGAUGAAUGGGAGUUUGAAUUCUAACCCUUUUCUAAUAUCUCUUUGGCAGGAGUGAGUUCUAAUCCAUCAACAUGAACAUAGGUGGUAGUACGAGGUGUUGCCUUGACAAACAAGUGUUGUGGAUGCCGAGCAAAUAUUCAAGAAAAUUAGAGUGUAACAAUAUCCACCCACCUCCACAUACUGUGACAACUUGGAAAUUAAAGUUGGGUUUUCAGAGGUUGAUAAAUUCUCAAAGUUUCACCGGGAAGCAUUCCCUGAAUCGUGUCUUGUGGAGAAGAUAUUCAAUUCCCACUUGUUUGGAGAAAUCGUCACCAGUACCAGCAGAAGCUUAUGGUGGCAAUGAUGAACUUAAAAAUUCAGUGCAGGAGGUUCUUGCUCAACCUUUAACAAGUAAUGAGUCCUUGCUUGCUGAUUCUGAAAGAACAAAGCUCCUUACAAAAUUAAGUGAAGCCAACCAACAAAAUCGAUUUCUCAGAAGACAGUUGCAUGUAAAGGAGGAUGUGUUGGUUAACUUCAAAAGUGAACUUUCUUUAAUUGAACUUGAAAUUCAGGCUUUGGUGAAAUUGGCUGAAGAAAAUGCUAAAUCUGUCGUUCCAAAUGGUUCAAGAAAGAUUAAUGGAAAAUACAUUCAAUCUCAUAUUCUUUCCCGUUUAGAAGCUGUACAUGAGAAGCUAAUGGAACAAAUUAAGGAUGUUGAUGCUGCACAAUCAAAGGAGGUUUCCCUAUUUUGGUGUGGUAUGGCUGAGAGUGUGCAAGUUAUGGGCACUUUUGACGGUUGGAGUCAAGGAGAGAACUUAUCCCCGGAGUAUACAGGUUCUUUUACCACGUUCUCGACAACAUUAAUGCUGAGACCUGGAAGGUAUGAAAUCAAGUUCUUGGUGGAUGGAGAAUGGAAGCUUUCGCCAGAAUUUCCUACAGUCGGUGAGGGAUUGAUGAAAAAUAACUUGUUAGUUGUGGAAUAGAUCGAAGUCUGUCUGUAUCAGAUGUCCUAGAAACUGUACUCUUGAGUCUUGAUGAUCAUUAUCAGUCCCGCCCUUUUUUAUGUCUGACAAUAUUGUACAAAUUCAAUCAGAAACUCUGGUAUUUUACAUACUGAAUUGUAAUAUGAUUUAUUUGGUAAAUUGCUUACUCUAGGAAGAGUU